AUGUCACAGCAGAAGCAGCAAUCUUGGGAGCCUCCAAAUGCUCCCAAAUCCUCCCCUCCCCAGUGCCCAAACCCCUGCCUGGCUCCCUGCUCUGCCCCUUGUGGUACUCCCUGUUCAGGAGGCUGUCAUUCCAGUUCCCAAAGGUCCAGGGCUCAGAACCCCACCUGCUCUAGGAGGGCUCGAAGAAAGCCUCGCUGCCUCAGAGGUGGCACAACCUACCACUGCAAAGAGGAGGAGUGUUAA